UUCUACGCCUCUCGGAAUUCGACGACGAUGAGGGAUAGAUCUCGCAGCGAUAGAAAUAAGCGGCGGUGCCGCUCGCCCUCCGCCUCUGCCGGAAAAUGGGCUGACCUUCUCGACCCGCUUCUUCUUUCCGUCGUCGACCGCCUCCCCUCCCUCCGCGACCGCUUCGCCGUCGCCUCCGUCUGUCGCACCUGGCGCGCCGUCUCCCGCCCCUCCCUGUCCUCGGCCACCGGUAGUUGUCCCCCUCUCCUCUGUCGCCCGUUCGUUGGCCCCUUCCACCGCCGGUCCCGCCGCUACCACCAGAUUUCCCCCCGCCGUUGCGACCUCCUCUGCCCAGCCGCACCCUUCGCGCCCUCCCGCUCCAUGGUUUCCUCCGGGUCCCUCAACCUUUUCCUCCUUGGCUGUUCCUAUGGCCACCUCAUCUUCUGCAAGGGCCGUCGUGCCAUCCUCGCUGACAUCUUCACUGGCGACGAGCUCCGUUCGCCGGACCUCCCCAGCGAUGGCUGGCGUUUCCACUACGGAGCCCUAACUGGUUCUCUGUCCUCUCCCGGCUCCAAUCUCCUCUUGAGUGCUAACGGGAACCUUCUGCGGUGGCGGAUUGGAGACAGUAAAUGGGAAGAAUGCUCAUUCACACCGCUUGAUGUUCACAUGGAACGUGUAGUGGCUUUCAAAGACCACGUUUUUGCGUUGGACAGUGCCGAAAGGCUUCGCGUUCUCCAGUUCUCGCCUUAUUUUAGCAUCAAACAGAUGGCAGUGCAGUGGGCUGGGCGAAGCAUUUACUCGGGCAUGAAUAUUGGCUUCACUCAGCAGCUGGUUGAGUGUGGUGGCGAGCUCAUGCUGGUGCAGGUCAUCCCUGCAGGGCAAAUUAUGCAUCUGAAGUUUGAAGUGUACCGCUUGGACUUGUCGGGACAGCCAACAUGGGUGAAGGUGGAUGGUUUGGGAGAUUGGGCAUUGUUCAUUGAGGAGUCAGGCAGAUGCCCUGCAUCGUGUGCUUGCCCAGGCAGGUGGGGAGGACGGAGCAAUUGCAUCUAUUAUGCAGGACAUGGACGUGGUCGUUGGCAUGUGUUCUCAUUGGACGACACUUCUAUUGAUACUACUGAUCCAGAAUCUCCUCUGUAUUUUGAUAACCAAUGCGUUUCGAUGUGGCCUUCGCCCUUUUGGGUUUAUCCGAGUAUGUUGUAUUGAUCCCUUUGAUAGGGUGUCAUCAAGAUUGCAGUGGAGCAAAGGGAAUUUUUGGUGGAUUGGUGACAUGCGUAGAAUGCAAAUAGAACAACAACGGUGAAAGCACUCUGCUGUAUCAACACUAACAUUGAGAGAAGGAAGCAAGGGGACCAAAUGGGACUAGUAUGUGCUAUCAUAAUAUGUUCAAGUUCACCUUUUUUUAUAAUAUCUGGCACAGUGAAAGCAUUUUACAUAAUUUAGGCCCAAUUUUAGUAUUUUAUGUCUGUUACAAUACCAAGACUUCAACAGUUAUAAGCUUCGCAAACUUCAUUCGA